GGUAUUUGUCUCAAAUCCUGAUGGGUCCCCAGCCUCCAGAGUCCUUGUCCACUGCCAAAACCAGAGAGUGUACACCUCACCCAAUGGGGUGGCCAGUCUCACCAUCAACACAGAUGCAGAUCUGGACCAGCUCCCCAUCAUGGUAAAAACUGAUGAGUCUCUCAGGCCAGAAGAACAGGCGUCAGCCAAUAUGACAGCUUGGCCAUAUUUGACUCAGGAUGGGUCAGGGAAUUUUCUGCACAUCGAAGUAAAGACAUUGGGCACAGAUGUUGGCAGCAACAUACAACUGAGCCUCAACACAAGGCAUCGAAACCCCUCAACCAAAAACAAGAUCACUCAUUUCACUAUCCUGGUCCUGAGUAAGGGCCAGAUUGUGAGUGCCAAACAUCAAUCAAAAAGCCUAGGGAGUGUCUAUACAUCAACCAUUAUUGAUGUGACUUCAGAGAUGCUGCCCUCCUUCCGCAUUCUGGCCUUUUAUUUACUGCCCAGGGGAGUGAACCGGGACCCUGAGCUGGUGGCUGAUUCCAUAUGGAUUGAUGUAAUUGACAGAUGCAUGGGAACGCUGAAGGUUGGCUUGAAGAAUGAUGGAUUCAACCAACCUUUGGAGCCCAACAGCCAAGUGGACCUAAAGGUUACAGGUGAUGCAGGGGCCACAGUGGGGCUGGUGGCUGUGGACAAGGCUGUCUAUGUCUUGAACAGCAAACACAAGCUCACUCAGAAGAAGACUGGCACUGUCCUCAGAGUCCCCCUCCCAACCGACACCGCCGCUCCCUGAAGAGGCUGGAGACAAAGAGGAAUGCAGUGAACAAGUUUAAGACAGAGCUGGAGCGGAGGUGCUGUGAGGCUGGGCUCCGGGAGAGCCCAGUGGGGCUGUCGUGUGAGGAGAGGACCCAGCAUGUCCGCUACGGUCCAACCUGUGUGACUGCUUUCCUGAACUGCUGCCAUCUGUCUGAGGCCUUGACUCGGGAGGCCCGGGAGGAGCAGCUGCUUCUGGGGACAUCGGAUGAAGAUGAAGACUUUGACGACAUCUUCCUGGAUGACAUGCCCGUCCGGACCUGGUUCCCCGAGAGUUGGCUCUGGAAGAAGUUUACUCUGCCGAAAAGUGAAUCGGGCAUCUCCCACUACCCCAUCUCUGUGAACGUGCCAGAUUCCAUCACCACGUGGCAAUUUGUAGCUGUCAGCCUCAAGACUGGAAAAGGUCUCUGCAUCUCAGACCCCUUUGAGUUGACAGUUAUGAAAUCCUUCUUUGUGGACCUUAAGUUGCCUUCCUCCGUGGUCAGGAAUGAGCAAAUCCAGAUCCAAGCCGUGCUGUAUAAUUUCAGGGAUCGCCAGGUCAAGGUCCGAGUGGAGUUUCCCCACAAAGAGCCACUGUGCAGCGCAUCGAAGCCGGGGGCCCCAUCCCGCCAGGCUGGGGGUCAGAUACAGCGAAUGUCCCAUAGCAUCCUCCUGAACCCCCAAGGUCAGACCCAGAUGGAGCUGGUGCAAAGACAGGACUUUUUGAACAAGGUGCCUGACACACAGGCUGAAGUGUUUGUCAGCAUCCAAGGUUACACACAGAUGUUGACACACCGGAGUGCAGACGGCACCUAUCACACCUCCAAAGGAAGUCCAGGAAGCACCUGGCUCACGAGCUAUGUGUUUCGGGUCUUCGCCCUGGCCUACCCCACGAUGACAAUCAGCAUGAUCGACCCACCCUCUCUCUGUGCCAUUGCCAACUGGAUCACCCAGAUGCAGGCGGAGGAUGGGCACUUCUUGGAGAAGGGCCCUGUGGUCAUGGGGUCCAUGCAG